AAAGUAGCGUUCUGUUUCUGGAGGAACUUUGAAGGGCUUUCAGUUCAGUGUAGGAGUAACGGUCGGUGCAGUAAAGCACUUUAUAACCUGGACAGUUUCAGCUGAGAUGUGGACAUGGUCUCCACGGUCCUGAACACUGACGUAAAGCAGAAAGAUGCUGAUCAUGCAGUGGUCAUUGCAGUAACGUCUCGUGCCGUGUUUGGAUCUGGAGCUGAUGAUGAUGAGGUGUACGGAGAGGGUUUGGCUUUCCCACUGCUACAGGCCCUGCAGAGAGUGAAUGAACAUCUGUUGAUGAACAAUCCUGCUGAGCUGCUGUUGUUCGACAUUGUCCUGCUCACUACUGACAGUCAGCAGCAGCAGCAGAGCCCCCGGAUCAUCAGCAGCACCAGACAUUACGGUCUUGAAGUCGGCAGGUUUUGUUUUUCCAGCGAGGAGGAUUUUGUGGAGAAUUUACUCAAAAAUAAUGUUCAACUCUUCCUGUCAACGGACAGAAACGAGGCAUCACAGGCAACACAGAGAGGUGUUCUCUCAGCACUGCUGGACCACCAGACAGCUUCCUGUCCGUCAGAACAGCUCAAGGUUUUGUUCUUUGGAGAUGCCGUCAUCCAGCCUGACACUGGCCCAACGCCGCCGAGCCGACAGGCUGCUCGGAGCUUCUCGGCUCAGCUGGGUGAGAUGCAGCGGAGGUUCACCAUGUCUGACAGCCCUCUCAGCAUUGGCCUGGUGACGUGGCGUGGUGGCAGGGACAGCUGUGCCGAUGCCCUGCACACUCUGCGGUCCCGCGGUGUUCGCGUGGAUGAAGCAUACUGCUUAGCCGAGGCCCCCUGGGGCCCCAUCCUGUCUGUGUUCCGGCCUCACUUUCUGCUUAGUGACGGCUUCGGGGGGCUAGAGGGGUGACAUGAUAGGAGCAAGCGGCAACCUCCGUGGCCGAGAAAUGAAGCCGAUGUGGAAGUGCCAAAACCAAAACCUGCUGUUCCUCGAAUGGCCACUUAAAGCUGGCUCCAAAAGAGAGUCGGUCCCUUUGUUCUACUGACAUAUUUAGUUUGCUUUUAAUGUUUUGCUUUUAAUGACUACUCUAGUGGUCCUUGAAAAGGUUCCAGGUGUCCUUUGGAUCUCUCUAGAGGCCUCAUGAAUAAGUUGUAUGAAUCCUUUAGGGAUGGGCCGGGUCUGUGAGAAGGCUUCAGUGCUCCUCGGUGAGAUUCAAGGGGUUCUUCAGUAUUUUAUAAAUGAUAAAUAUAAUCAGAGCAGUGUGUAUGUGGUCAGCUUUAAUUAUCAGAGGAUGAGAAACCGCUGAGCUGAUGUCAACAGGAGCAGAAAUCGGGAGAUUAAAACGUUCUGUGGAAUGGAAGAGCUCGGUCUAGAGGACAAUGUGCUUUUGUGAUUCUGCCAGUUUCAUAAAAGACCUGGUGGUGACAGCACUUGGUUUUCUUUAUCCUGCAAAUUUGAGGCACUUUUAUUGUAAAUUUUCAUUUUGUUAUUUUAGACUUCUCCAAGUUUCACAGGGGGGAAAGUGUACUUUUUACUUUAACAUUUAUUUGAUGGCUGAUGAUAAUUAAAAAUCAUUUAAGUAAAAUUAUACUGUAGAUUACAAAAAGGUAGCUUAC